GCCUCCGUCAGGCGUUAAAUACGCAUGUGUUCCUCCAGCGGCUCACAGUGAGGCUCUCUGGCUCAGCGCUUCUCGAGGGGAGGAAAUAAAGCCACCUACAACCCAACAACACAACCCUGUCCCCCCUUUUCUCUUCUCCUUCCUUUUUCUACGGACUUAAGCUGCACGUUGAAACUUUUAAAGCAACUUUUCCACAACCAAAAACCAGUCGUGGCACAAACUACCGCCCGUCGCAUCCAAGGAUCCUGGUCGGUCCUCCAUGAAAGAGGGAGUGCGGCAGCUAACCUGGGGAAAAGAGAUGUCUGCGACCGUCUUGUCUGCUUUCUACGACAUGGACCUGCUUUACAAGCAAGAUAAAAGCAUGAACAUGAACGCCCUCCACAUCAACAGCAUGCUGGAUAAGAAGGCGGUGGGGGCUCCGGUCACGACUCCGGGCUCCGGAGGCUCCUUCGCGCCGGGAUUUUUCCGCAGGAACUCGACCAGCAACGUGGAGGCGAUGAACAACGGCAACAAGUACUCGAUGGGCUCCUACGGAAGCCUGAAGGAGAACACGCCGAGCAGCAACAGCAGCAGCGCCACGGCCCUCAUGAACAAGGAGAACAAGUUCCGCGACCGCGCGUACAGCGAGAGCGGAGACCGGGGCGUGCUGCAGCAGAAGCCCGGCUCUCAGAUCAACUCCACCCGCUACAAGACCGAGCUGUGCCGGCCCUUCGAGGAGAACGGGUCGUGCAAGUAUGGGGAGAAAUGUCAGUUCGCUCACGGCUACCACGAGUUGAGGAGCUUGUCCCGCCACCCCAAGUACAAAACGGAGCCGUGCCGCACCUUCCACACCAUCGGGUUCUGCCCGUACGGUCCCCGGUGUCACUUUAUCCACAACGCCGACGAGCGCCGGCCCGCUCCGGCCGCCAACGCCAACGUGCAGGCGGGGGAGGCCCGGUCGGCCCGAGAGCUGUGCGGCUACGGCCACAGGGACGUCCUCCCCCCGCAGCAGCUCGGCUACACCCAGAGAGACAGACCAAAGCUCCACCACAGCCUCAGCUUCUCCGGCUUCUCCACCCACCACGGGCUGGAGUCUCCCCUGCUCGACAGCCCCACGUCCCGGACCCCCCCGCCGCCCACCACCGCCUCCUCCUGCACCUCCGCCUCCAGCUUCUACGACGAGGUGCUUUCACCCAACUCCGUGUCCUGCAUCAACAGUGCCUUCAACUUCCCCGGACAGGACUUAAAAGCGUUGCUGGCCCCCCUGGCGGUGCACACCCCCAGCGGGUACGCCAACAACCACUCCGCCGGUGCCUACUACGGGAACCUGCAGGGCAGCGUGUGCCCGCCCUCCCCUCCGACCUACAACAUGAGCCACUUGCAGGCGCUGCGCCGCCUCAGCGAGUCUCCGGUGUUCGAGCCUCCUCCCAGCCCGCCAGACUCGCUCUCUGACCGGGAAAGCUAUGCGAGCGGGUCCCUCAGCUCUUCCGGGAGCCUCAGCGGCUCCGAGUCCCCGAGUCUGGACGCGGGAAGACGGUUGCCAAUCUUCAGCAGGCUGUCGAUUUCUGAUGACUAAAAACACAUCAAAUGUUUUUCAUGCGGAUUUAUGGACGGAUCGGGGCAGGGUGGUUGAGGAGCCCUGUGUGUGUGUGUGUGUGUGUGUGUGGUGGGGGGGGGUGUCAGUGUGUGAGGUAGACUGUCCUUCAAGCAGAGGAUCCCGGUUAACCCCCCCUCACCCUCCCUCCCCAGAUCUUCAGCAGCAGAAACUCACCCUGCCCAAGUGCCUUUGAGCAAGACAUUGAAUCCCUCGCAGCUCCAGGGUGCUGACCCUGCUCUGACCUCCCUGGAGGGGGGCAAGAGGAGACACCCACAGGGAUCAAUAAAGUGAGCUGGCAUUAGUUAGUACUCUUCCUUUGUAUGUAAUAUAGCUGUAUUAAAACUUUAGAUAGCAAACAGAAGGCAUUCCAUCAGUGCCUUGCCCGAGGGGCUCACGGCAGCCCUCCUUCUCCUCCUUCUCCUCCCUUUGGUUUUUUUUUUUUUUUUGCUCUAUCAGGCAAAGCCACACUUUCCCUGGGAUUUAGAUGUGUGGGUAACAAGACUUGACAAGAAGAAGAGACUGUAAGCGGUGUUUCAGAUUUCCUCCCAUCCUGCCAAGAAUAUGCCUUGACUCAAAGUAACAUUUAUUUCUUUUAUCAAGUGUCUUUUUAUUUCUUUAUUUCUGAAAGCUUCAACUUCCAUUCCAGACCUGUCUUCUCCUCCCAGCGCCACCCAGUGGUUCGUUUGGUUACUUCUAGUUUGUGUUGCUCGGUUUAAGAAGCACUCUUGAGUUGGGUUUGUUUGGGGAAAUCACUGCUGAUGGUUGAAUAUAUAUUUUUUUAGCUGUUUUUUUGAGUGAUUUACAUAGCUGUGCAUAACUGGCUAUGGACUAUUUAACUUAUUUAUUAUCUUGUGAAAACAAAAGUAUAGGCUACAUUGGUAAUUUGUGUCCAUACUGUAUUUAUCAAGUAUGAUGAAGCAAUAGAUCUAUAUUCUUUUAUGUUUAAAUUAUGAUCGCCAUUAUUAAUCUGCAUAAAGUGGAGUGUAUGUUCUUUUCACAGUAAUAUAUAUAUUUUGUUUUUCUCCUUUUUUGUUUUUUUUGUUUUUGUAACUUCACUUUGGUUAUUUUUAUUGUAAAUGAGUUAAAAAAAAAAAAUCUUAAUUUAAGAGAACGUAUGUGAUAUUUAUUUCAUUAAUUUUGUUUCCUUGUUUACGUUUAUUAAACAGUUUGCGUGAUUGCUGUUUGCUCCUGAGGUCGUGUGUCAGUGCUGUAGAAGGCUUUUUGUUCUGGAGGAUCCCUAUUGUAGAUGUUUCUGUAGAAUGUAUCAACAGUGUGGUUGUACAGACCGUCCAAACCUUACUUCUUUUUUUUUUUUUAUCUAGAUCAGACGUCAGUGACAAAGAACCCAAGUCAAUAAAUUAACCAAAAAAGUAUUUUUAUUUUGUUUUUGUUUUCCUCUGUUUGCACGAGGUCACACUGUGAUUCCAGCCACGUGCUAAAGAAUGUAGCAAUCCCUUGUUGCCCCAGUAUUAUUGUGUAGUGCCUAUGGGGUUCACCAUCUUCAACAUGCCUUAAAAUUAACCAAAUAAAGUAUUUUUCCUACAUAUGGCAUCUUUUAUACACAGGUUGAACUGAAUGUAGUGUUUGAUUUUUAUUUUAUUUUUUAAAGGUUGUUACCACUCAGAUACUCUGAUUAAAAGAACAACCGUAACCUUUCUAAAUUCCCAUUCCUCUUAUUAUUAUUUUGUUUUUGAUAUUGAAAUCUAGUCUGAGUCUUUGAGUUUGCUGGAGAGGGAAGUGGAUGAAUACGUUUGGUUUGUACAUAGUAGGUACAGGGGGAUGCGCACUAUGUACUUUUGACUACUUUAUCAGAAGUAAAGCUUUUUGAAUGUAACAAAAAACGGACAAAAAGACAACGAGAGUUGUGAUAUUUUUUUGGGGGAGUCAGUUCACUACAAAUUGAGUGUGAGACUGUUAACUUUGUACUGUACAUUUUUUGUAGUUCUCCCAAUAAAAAUCAUUUUGAAAAAG